UCUCUCUCGUCGAGAUCGUUCAUGCAUGCUUGAACUUUUGUCCGAUCUCCGACAGCAGCUCCCAGAUCUGCUCUCCCUGUCUCUCUUUCUCUCCCUGCUUUGGCUUCGCGGGGUCACCGACACCACGCCUCCCCUGCGGACUCCUUCUGCUGAAAUAACUUUUGAGGGUGUGACAUUUAGAGGGGUAGAUAUAUGAAGAACGGAAUUCUGGAAUGCAGUGUCUGCCACUCACGUCUUGUCUCCCCAACUUCUAAAACUGUGUCAAGGGCUUAUGAUCGACAUAAAAGCACUGUUUCAUCAAAACAGCGGGCUCUCAAUGUUCUUUUGGUUGUUGGGGAUUGCAUCCUGGUUGGCUUACAGCCUAUUUUAGUUUACAUGUCCAAGGUCGAUGGAAAAUUCAACUUCAACCCUAUCAGCGUUAACUUUUUGACGGAGGCUGCAAAGGUCCUCUUUGCAGUUGUUAUGCUUUUGUUCCAGGCUAGACAUCAGAAAGUUGGUGAGAAGCCAUUACUCUCAGUCUCCACAUUUGUGCAGGCAGCUCGGAACAAUGUGCUUCUUGCUGUCCCAGCUCUUCUCUAUGCAGUCAACAAUUAUUUGAAGUUCAUCAUGCAGCUAUAUUUCAAUCCUGCAACUGUGAAGAUGCUAAGUAAUCUCAAGGUUUUGGUGAUUGCUGUUUUGUUAAAGAUUGUCAUGAAACGUCGGUUCUCUGUAAUUCAGUGGGAGGCUCUUGCCUUGUUGCUCAUUGGCAUCAGUGUGAAUCAGCUGCGGUCUUUGCCAGAAGGGACUACAGCUCUAGGUCUUCCAGUUGCAGCGGGUGCAUACAUCUAUACAUUGAUCUUUGUUACGGUGCCAUCUAUGGCCUCUGUCUUCAAUGAGUAUGCACUAAAGAGCCAAUAUGACACAAGCAUCUACCUUCAGAAUUUGUUUUUAUAUGGGUAUGGUGCUAUAUUCAACCUUCUAGGAAUCGUUGGAAUGGCACUUGUUAAAGGUCCGGGCAACUUCGAUAUUCUACAAGGACUUUCGAAAGCUACCAUGCUUCUGAUAUGUAACAAUGCGGCCCAAGGAAUUUUAUCCUCCUUUUUCUUCAAAUAUGCAGAUACAAUCUUGAAGAAGUACUCGUCAACUGUCGCCACAAUCUUUACAGGCAUAGCAUCUGCAGCUUUGUUUGGUCACAGUUUAACGAUAAACUUUAUGUUGGGAAUUUCCAUUGUUUUUAUCUCAAUGCACCAGUUCUUUUCACCCCUAUCAAAAGUCAAAGAUGAACAGCAGAAUGGGGUGCUGGAGUUGGUAGAACCGGAGGAUAACCAAAGGUCGAGGGAUUCUUUUGUAAAUAUGGCAGCAGGAGCUAAUGAUGAGGCUACCCAUAGAGUUGGAUCUGAUGACAGGCAACCACUUCUUCCUAGAUGAAGUUAUUUCAGGAGUGAUUGGUGGGUACAGAAUUAGCCAUUUCUUACAGAAAAAUAAAAUAUAGAGAAAUCGUUCCACUUCUUUGGAUCCUUUUUGCUGGUCAUGAUGAAGAGGCUCUCGGAAAGCCACACUGAUGCCAAGCAGGGGGAGUGGAUGAGUUAGGAGUGGACUGAGCAGGCUCUACAUCAAGCGACAAGCUUCGUGAAACCUUCAUCUUAGACCAGCCGAGAGAGGAGUUUUGCCCCUUUUCUUUUUCCUUCUUGCUGUAUGCGCGAUUCUUUCUAGAAUUUUAUAGUCACGUUCGAGUAUUGUUCGAUACCGACAAAUGCUCCCAGGAUACCUUGUAUUAGGGAAAUGAAUUAUGCUAGAACUAUAUGAGAAUGAAACACUGCUCGGUCAAUGCACUUGUCAGUAUCAAAAAGACUGUAACUUGUACAUUCGACCGACUUCUAAAAUGCAGAAAUAUAGCAAGAAGCAAGAUUUAUGGA